AUGGGGAAACCCGAUGCGCCUCCGCGCUGGACGGGGCGCGCCAUUCGAUCGCUGUCGCUGCACAAACGCCGCACGAGCGUUGUCCAGUUCGGCUACGGACCUGAGCACCUGUUCUUUGCUGUGCUCUACGCGUUCUCGCUCUACCACUGCUACCUCACGGUCGGUGAGCCGUACGCUCAAGCGAUGAAGGAACGAGAGCGACCGGAGCUCGGGACUGGAGGUGGCGUCACUAUGACGGGAGGCGACGGCGGCCUUGCUGCUGCUAUGCUGGCUCAGGGAGCUGUGCGCGACGGCGCGGCUGAGUUUACCGCCAAGUAUACAGAGCCCGACGAAGACGGUCCGCCACUGCCGAACCCUUUUUUGCCUGGUGUGGUGCCGUUGCUGUAUCUUUUAGGAACGAUCAUGGCCCACGGCCUUCUGGUGCUGUUCCAGAUUUGGUCGGUGCGUGUAAAGGCUUGGAUCAAGUACGCACCCGUGACCCGUUUCGAGGAUGCGACGUAUGUGAUGGUAGUGCCACGCUCCUUCAAGGGCAAGAGUAGCAUUAUUGAGAUCACGCGGCCCAUGCAUGCGGACGGUACGUUGGCAGGACGCCCGCACUUUCUCUUUCAGAAGCACAAGUACGUUGCAGAAGAAGAAGCAGGCGGCAAGGGUGCCGUGCUCUUUCGAAAAGUAAAGGCUCCUACCACUGAACCGGUGAAGUUUUAUCUGGAUUCGGGUGGUCUCAAUUCGGAGCGGGAGGCCGAGAUGCAGCUGGAUUUGUAUGGGAAAAACGAGUUCAGCAUUCCGCAGCCAAACUUUGUCGACAUGUUCAAGCAGCAGCUGAUAGAGCCGCUUACCGUUUUUCAGAUCUUUAGCGUCUGCCUCUACAUGCUUGACGAGUACUGGCAGUACUCGCUGUUCACGCUGGGCAUGAUUCUCAUGUUCGAAGGCGUUACGGUCAUGAGUCGUUUGAAAAACUUGCAGACGCUACGCGGUAUGGGUAACAAGACGCGCGAGGUGUACGUGUACCGUGAAAAGACCUGGAAGAAGUUGAACUCGGAUUUGCUGGUGCCCGGCGAUGUUAUUUCGGUCAAACGUGAGACGGAUGGGGAUCAUGACAACAUGGUGCCUUGUGAUUGCUUGCUGCUGGAUGGAUCGGCGGUUCUCAACGAAGCCACUUUGACGGGCGAGAGCGUGCCACAGAUGAAAGAGGCUAUCGGCACAAAGAUGAGUUCUGAGGAUCUCGCUGAGCAGCUUGACAUGAAGUCCGGCCACAAGGUGCACGUGUUGUUCGGUGGUACUACUGUGAUGCAGGCAGGCACCUCCAGCGAAGGGCAGCCCGGGGCCAUGAGUCAGCGCAUCCCCCACGCACCCGACAAAGGCUGUACUGCAUAUGUGUUGCGCACGGGAUUUAGCUCUUCGCAGGGCAAGCUGGUACGCAUGAUCGAGUUCUCAAGUGGCAAGGUUACAGGAAGCUCGUGGGAUGCCUACGGCCUCGCGCUUUUGCUUUUGAUCUUCGCCCUGCUCUCUUCGGGGUACGUGCUUCGCCACGGUAUUGCGCAGAAGGGCAAGAUUACGUUCGAGCUGCUGCUGCGGUGUGUGCUUAUUAUCACCAGCGUCAUUCCGGCUGAGCUACCUAUGCAGACAGCCAUGGCGGUGAAUUCGGCUUUGCUGAAUCUGGUGAAGCUGUCAAUUUUUUGUACCGAGCCUUUCCGAAUCUCGCUAGCCGGCAAAGUGGACAUUUGCUUGUUUGACAAAACAGGCACUCUUACUACUGACCAACUGACAGCGGUCGGCGUCGUUUGCGAAGAUGCUACCACACCUAGUUCUGCCGUCUCGAAAGAAAAGGUGCUUGGUCACGUGCCGAUGAUUGCGGCCAACCUGGACGCUACGUUAGUGCUUGCUGGCUGUCAGUCGCUGGUUCAGAUAGACGGCAAGAUGGUUGGUGAUCCGGUGGAAGAGGCUUCUAUCCGGGCCAUUGACUUUUCGUACGAUGCGGUCACUCGUCAGUGCCAGGCAAAGAAAGAUAUGGAGCGUGCGAGUGAGCGUCGCUGGGGUCACGGGAUCAACCAGAAGGAGGUUUCCGUGCAAAUCAUGCACCGCAACCACUUUGCAUCGAAGCUGCAACGAAUGAGCGUUGUUGCUAAGGUGAAUUCGGGUGAAAAGGGUGUGCAUGUGCGCUCGCUUGUAAAGGGGAGUCCUGAGGCGGUCGCAAAGUUGGUGCGCUCUGAGUGCAUACCGGAAUGGUACUGGCCGACUUAUCAAAGUCUUGCCCGCCGUGGAAUGCGUGUGCUCGCUCUCGCUUACAAGGACAUCAGCGGGCGUCCGUCUGAGAUGGAGGUUGCCCAACAAUCGCGCGCGUGGGCCGAGAGUGAUUUACGUUUUGCCGGUUUUGCCGUGUUCCAGUGUUUGGUCCGCAAGGACAGUGGCAGCAUUUUGAAGGUGCUAAAAGAAAGCUCGCACUCGGUUUCGAUGAUCACUGGCGACGCAACACUGACGGCUGUUCACGUGUCGAAGGAAGUGGGCAUAAUCACUCGACCUGCGCUUAUUCUGAGCGAGAGCUCGUCGUCUAGCGACCCUCUCAAGUGGACGAGUGCUGCCGAUGACUCAGUUAUAGCGCCGUAUAAGAGUGGAGAUGUUCAGGUUCUGGUCAAGAAGUACGAUUUGUGUGUGAACGGCAAGACGCUCAUUGCUGCAGGCGAGGUCGAUGAUAUGAUCUGGAAGAACCUGAGCCACAUUCGUGUGUAUGCUCGGAUGACGCCUGAACUGAAAGAGAAGGUGCUGACGUUGCUGAAGACGCACGGCCACCAUACUCUCAUGUGCGGUGACGGUGGCAACGAUGUGGGGGCGUUAAAGCAGGCGCAUAUUGGUGUGGCUCUGCUUGGCGGAUUCGGAUCGGCGAAUGCUGACAAGAGCGUGACUGGUCUGGCAAAGUACCAGAAAGGUAACGUCGCCACUGUGAGUACGCGCGAAGAUCUGAUGAAGCUGCAUGUGUCGGCGCUGAAGAAGCGACUAGUUCAGCAAAAUGUGAACGCGUCGCAGUGCAAGGUAAAGCAAGACUAUGUCGAGCUGAUUCUCAGCGAGCAGAAAAAGAAGACAAUGGAGGCUAUCAAGAAAAAGCAGCAGGCUAUGGUGAGCAAAAAUCCGAAGCUAAAGGUUCUUAGUAAGGAGGAGCAAAGAGAGGAGAUGAAGAGAAAGCAGGAACUGCUGGAGGCUGACGUGCGCGCGCGCCAGGCCCGUGGUGAGUCGUUUGCACGGAUGAAGGCAAUCGCGGCAUUUGCCAAGCGUGAAGCCGAAGAAAAGAAGAAGCUGCAGCUGGAACGCACGGGCUCCAAGGGGUUUGCAAAUUUUGCAAACAACGCUGCUAUGGCGCAGUAUAUGGACGACUUUGAUGAUGGUGAGGUGCCGAUGGUGAAACUUGGCGACGCGUCGAUUGCUUCCCCGUUCACGUCUCGCGCUCCUUCGAUCAAGGGCUGCGUUGACAUUAUUCGCCAGGGUCGUUGCGCACUCGUAACGACUAUGCAAAUGUACCAGAUCCUGGCCGUGAACUGCCUUAUCAGCUCGUACUCGCUAUCGGUGCUGUACCUCGACAAGGUCAAGUGGGCGAACUCACAGAUGAUGGCACUGGGCAUGAUUUCUACGGUGGCCAGUGUCACGUUGAGUCGCGCGACGCCGCUGGACAACUUGUCGCCUGUGCGCCCGCUGACGUCGAUCUUCCACCCGGCGCUCUUUUCAAGUCUUGCCGGCCAGUUCGCGCUUCAUCUUGGCUGCAUGAUCUACCUCACGAACCUCGCCAAAGAGUACACGCCCGAAGGCGACACGACGCACUCGAAGCCUGGUGAGUUUCAGCCGAAUGUGCUGAGCACGGUCAUCUUCCUCAUCAACGGCGUGCAGACGGUGAGUGUGUGCGCUGUGAAUUACAAGGGUCGGCCAUUUAUGAAACCCAUGACGGAGAACCCAGGUCUCUUGUACUCGCUCGGCAUCAGUAUCGUCGGCGUGUUUUUGCUGUGCACGGAGCGCAUGCCGCUGUUUAACAAGGUGCUGCAGAUCGUGCCCAUGCCGGACCCGCGCUUCACGCGCAUUCUCACUGGACUGCUCACUCUCGAAGUGCUGGGUGCGUUUGUCUGGGACCAGCUGUGCUUGCUGGUGUUUGCGCCCAAGAUCUUCCUCGCGUCAAUGCGCGCGCUCACGCUCAAGGACGUGCGUCAGCUCGUCAAGAUGACGGUCGUCUCGCUGCUCAUCAUUUACAUCCUGGCGAACAUUGAUUACGAAGAGAUUGAGCGUCAGCAGCAGCUUCUGGAAGAACAGCGGACGGUGGUCGAUACCGAAGAGAUCAGUAGCUAG